CGAGACGACGAAUAUCGAGCGCUCACAAAACUAAUAUUUAAGCCAAAUCAGCUGCAAAAUCCUCCGUGCGAAGUCUGUCUCAGAUUGGGUUUCCUGACAUUUGGAUUCUACCGGAACUAAAGGAAACAAUGUUUGAGAAACGUUAGGGAAGGUUCAAGAAUUGAUUCGGGUGAGGAGCUGAGAUGGGCCUUCAAGUGGGUCUAGUUUUUGGUUCUGGACUGGGGUCUGGUGAUGGACCUGAUGUUGGGCCACUACAAGCGCUCGGCACUUCAUCGGGAACAUCUUCUGCCCAGACGAGGAGAGCUAGCCUAGAAUCUAGAAUCAAGGCAAAAUUUCGUAGUCUAGUUAGUUCGACCGGGAGUAUUCUGAUGAAGCAAGCAACUGAAAAGAACGGGUAUUGUGGAACUAAGCGCCUCUGCAUAGUGAAGCACAAGUGCCACACAGGAAACUACUGCCGUCGCCCUAACGGAACCGUUCAUGCCCAAGUGGUACUGGUACGACCACCACAGUGACACACAUUGGUUCCGUAUCCUAAAAAACUUAGGCAGCAUGAGGCGUAUGGUAUCAUGAUUGCUGGCCGCGCACCUCUCUUGCUCCUUUCUCAAACAAAGAAGCAAACCAAUCAGAAACCUCUUCUGUUCCAAAGAAUGAACCUGGAACCUUCCAUCAGAGCAACAACAUGUAACAACCAUCCAUAGGCGGGACAUAACCUGUGUUAGCCAGAGCACGCUGUCUUGUACCGGUUGCCUGUUGUACGGUACCAACGGUCAACGUCAUUCGCUGGAAAAGCAAACGGGUCACACUUUAUGACUUUUUGAACCCACAAAAUUCUAUUCCUGCAUUGCACAGCUUGAACCUUCUUUUUCUCACAAGAAUCGAAAUCCGAUUUGAAGCCGACCGACCAAAACCACGCUGGUGAAGCCAACAACGGCCAAGGCAACCGCCCUGAACCCAUAAAACAGGCACAACACAAACACGGGAAGCAUGGAUAUCAUACAGGGAGGGUAUAUGAGUGGUUGGAGCGCCGCGGAUAUGGUUGGUUCGCCUUCAAUAACCCACAUGAUCGCCUUGGUGGCUCUGGUCGCCCUUUGGAAAUUUCCCAAAUCGAUUGAAGCCUUUGAUCCAAAGCCGUCAUCGCAGUCAUCAUCUCAUAAUGUACCUACCAAUCCAUUGUUUACACCACCACCGCCGCCUCCAAAAAUGACUGCACCGCCACCACCAUUGGCUCGUCGCCUGUCCAGUGGGUCAUCUUGCAGCGAUGAUGCUUCCGAACAGUCGUCGGUGGAGUCUGUGUCGGAACCAAAGCAUGGACCAGAACCUUCCUCCUUCCUUCGUUCCAAGGCGCCAGAGUCAACUCCAGCCGAACGACAACGUUUCUUAACAGCCCGAAAAGGAGAUGAAGCCAAGGCAUUGGAGAAUCUACAAAAGUACUUGAGUUGGAGAAAGCAGUAUCAGGAAAUGGUUCAAGAACAGGAGGAGAAACACUACAAUUUACAGUUCGAAGAUCCUGAUUUGUAUGACUGGAUUGUCGCAUCACAAGCGGCUCUCCAAGCAGAGAAUGAUGCUGCUUUUGGUUGGAAGUGGCUACCUAGGCUUAUUCUCACCCAUAAACUGCCGAAUGGCCAAGAAGCUCAAGAUCUCAACGGACGCCGCAUUUUUCACAUGAUGCCGGCUCAGAUCGACGAUCAAAUCUGCAAUCUAUCCACUUACUCCCUGGCCAUUGCCCUUUACUUGGAUCGCAAGAUCCAGCGCGACUCCUUGGAAAAGGUCACCAUCGCUAUGGACCUUCGUCCGGGACGGGGCUGGCGAAAUACAUCAGCAGUAAAGUUGCUGCCCUUUAUCAAGUCCAUUGUCGGGCUACUGUUGGUCAAUUUUCCGGAAAGACUGUCCAAGGCGGUUCUGUAUCCUUUACCAUUUGCCUUUUCGUGGGUCUUUUCGGCUGUAAAGGCUGUCAUUGAUCCCGACACGGCUGAGAAGCUUCAAGUUUUGUCAGGGUCGGCAGGUGUCGACUCCCCGCUCCCUCUGAAUAAAUUGACUCGGUUUAUGGGCCAGGAUGUAGCCCUGCUUUGUGAACACGGGCGUCAAGAGUCAUUUUCGGCAUAGACUGGAGGGGAAUUAUUUUAUGUAUGUUGUGAGAUUGGAAGUCAAGCUGAGGAAGGCCUCAGUGUUUUUGUGUGUGUUGUGAUGUUUUAUGUGGUAGUGUCAAGUGUCUACAAGAGAGGAGAUGUGAUUGAUGUGUGAGCUGGCCAUGGUGGCCAUUAGCUGUCAAGUGAUUUUUGUCUGUGUUGCUGUUUGGGAAUUCUGAAGACUCAAUGUUGUUUCGUGGCCAAUGGGAAAUAGAUAGAACCUUUGCUAGAGCCUUCAAGAAACGAAAUUAAUACUUAUACUAGUAUACUUCACUGCAGGU